AUGCGACGCGACGCGAAAAGUGUCGGGGCGACGUCGACGUCCGCGCACGACGCCGCGCGCGCGAACGACGCGCGAGCGCUCGCGAUUGCGCUCGCGAACGAUCCGACGCUGCUCGAUCGCGUCGACGCGCUGCGACGAACGCCGCUGCACCUCGCCGCGCACGUCGACGGCGUGGAGGCGAUCGAGCUUCUGUGCGAUCGCGGCGCGCGCGUGAGCGCGGAGGCGAUGGACGGAUUCACGGCGUUUCACUUCGCGUGCGCGAGGGGGAACGUCGCGGCGGCCAAGGCGCUGGCGAGGCGAGGCGCGAACGCGCGCGCCAUGACGUAUAAGAGCGAAAACGCGCUGCAUUUGGCGCUGAGCGCGAACGCGGGGGUGGAUUUGAUCAAGUUUUUGGUGAAGAAGCGAGUGAACGCGCUGGGGGUGAGCAAAAAGGGGAAGAGCGUUUUGGAGUGUUGUCGAGCGGAUUGCGCGGCGGAGACGCGAGACGUCGUGGAGCGAGCGGCGGCGGAGGCGAAGGCGAAGGACGGAGAUGGGGACGUGGAGGGCGCGAGCGAAGGGGGUGACGGGGGUGCGGACGUCGGACCGUCGAUAGGGCCGUCGAUAGGGCCGUCGAUAGGACCGUCGAUAGGGCCGUCGAUGGGGCCGUCGAUGGGGCCGUCGAUCGGGCCGUCGAUGGGGCCGUCGGCGCGGCCGACGAGCGGAAAGGUGAAUCGCGACGCGAUCGCGGUCGUGGACGACGAGGGCGAGGAGAAGGAUCAAAGCGCGUCCAAGAACAAGAAACAAAAGACGAAAAUCGGAGCGAUGUCUUUCGGAGAGGAUGACGAAUGA